AUGGCCAGGUUCACGGCCGCUGCCGCCUUCGCGGCUCUUCUGAGCACCGCUUCCGGCUCCCUCGUCGCACGACAGACGGCUGCCAGCACCACCGCCGCUGCCGUGUCCGCUCCCACUGCCAUCUCGGAGUGCUCCGUGUCAUCCUCUACGCAGAUCUGUAAGGCUGGAACUACCGAGUUCAGAGUCGUGUCCACUCCAACCGGCGCGCUGCCCAGCUCUUACACAGGAUGCCACAAGCAUGCCACCGAUACGUACUGCUUCUUCGAUGAUGGAGAGGUGCAGAUUCAGCCCGCCGGCGCUCCGGCUGCCACUGCCGCCUCAACGACCGCUGCUGCUGUCACUGGCACUCCCACCGCCGUCUCUGACUGCCAUCUUCACGGAAUUCUCAGCUUCUGCAUGUGGGGUACCUCGGAGUACCAGGUCAUGACUACGCCUACAAACACCGCCGCAUCCGCCAUCCCCACGGCCUUCACCGACUGCCACGCCCAUGGGGCCGACACCUACUGCAUUGCUCCCAACGGCGACGACGUCGAGAUUGUGGCCGAGGGCGCCGAAUCCUCGGACAGUGAUCACACCGACGGUGAGGAGCCCCAGGGCGAGAAUUGCCAUUUCCACGCCGGUGUCGAGCACUGCGUCGGUGCGGGCGAGAGCGAGAGCAGCGGUACGCGAAGCUGUGAGAAGGUUGACCGUGACUACAACAUCCCCCUGCGUAUCGGCCUCAUCUUUGUGAUUCUUGUUACCAGCGCCUUUGGCGUCUACUUCCCCAUCUUUAUGAUCAAGUGGAUGCCCACCAAGACGCACACCAUCUUCCUCAUCCUCAAGCAGUUCGGCACCGGCAUCAUCAUCUCGACUGCUUUUGUCCACCUUUACACCCAUGCUCAACUGAUGUUUGGCAAUGAGUGCUUGGGCGCGCUUGAGUACGAGGGAACGACGUCGGCCAUUGUCAUGGCGGGCAUCUUCUUGUCCUUCUUGGUCGAGUACGUCGGGAAGCGCAUGGUCAUGAAGAAGAUGGCCAGCAACCCGAGUGCUAUGAGCCGUUUGUCCCCCGAAACCGUCACUGUCUUGGUCCUCGAGUGUGGUAUCAUCUUCCACUCUAUUCUGAUCGGAAUCACGCUAGUCGUCGCUGGCGACACCUUCUUCAUCACACUCUUUGUCGUCAUCCUCUUCCACCAGAUGUUCGAGGGUAUCGCUCUGGGAACCCGUAUCGCACAGCUGGGCCAGCUGUCCCCGACCGAGAAGGCCGCGAGCCCUGCCCCCAUCGAAGUCGAGCAGACCUCUUCCGCCCCCAACAGCCUCAACUCCCUCAAAGCGCCCAACUUCUCUCUUGUCAAGAAGCUCCUCAUCGCCACUCCGUUCGCCCUCGUUACUCCCAUCGGCAUGGCCAUUGGUAUCGGCGUUUUGCAGCAGUUCAACGGAAACGACCGUGAUACAAUCAUCGCCAUCGGAACCCUCGACGCGCUCUCCGCCGGUAUCCUAGUUUGGGUUGGUGUUGUCGAGAUGUGGGCCGAGGACUGGAUGCACGGCGACGCGGAGCUCCUCCGCACCGGCCCUCUCGUCACUUUCCUCGCCGGUCUUGGUCUUGUUGGCGGCAUGGUCAUUAUGAGUGUGCUCGGCAAGUGGGCUUGA